CUCUCUCCCACCGCAUCUAUCCACGGUGCACUGCUGCACCAUCAUCAGCAAGCACGGCGCCGCAGCGUCCCAUGUGCUCGGCGCUGCAUGCAUGCUGCGCGAUGGCACGAGUCCCGACCGCUACACUGCAGGGCGCAACGACCGCCUUUUAAUGUUAUAUAGCAUUUGCGCUCCGUGUACAGAGAGCUGCAGCCGUACCUCCCUACAACUUCAUCUCCUUCCAAACUAGUUAUUACGCGACCCAACAUUUGAAGGCAUGAGACACGCUCGAUAGAAAGCAACAAGGCGAUUCCUUCUUCAUCCUCCUCCUCCUCCUCCUCCUCCUCAUCCUCAUCCUCAUCCUCUAAGACAUAACGCCCACGCGCGCCAAUCUCUUCCCUCUUCCCUUCGAUGACCGUUGUUUGUUGAAUCGCAUGAGCACACCUGCGUACAAUGACCGCUCCCCCGACGCAACGCCCCAUCUUCACUGCACCGUUCCUCUCGCCGGAUGCGUCCGUGUCGCUGGAUAUUGAUGCGACUAGUCCUUGGGCUACCAUGGGGCCUUUCGCUGUGAAUGCCCAACUCUCCCCUCGAAAAUCCCCCACACCACCAUCAACAACCACCAAUGAAAGAAAGAAGAAAGCCGACAAUGGCGGCGCGCUCCUCUUCAUCACGGGCACCAAACCCGCCGACUUCAAGGCCCGAGGCGUAAUGACGCAGGUGCGGAAACAAGCGAUGGAUAGCUAUCUGAAGAAGGAAAAGAGACCCAGGAAGAACAAUCCUCGCUCCGGAAAACAGAGCGAGGACGAUGACUCCCAGGGCUCAACGAGGGGGAGUGUGGGAAGCGAAGAGCCGGACGUCGUUGACGCAGUACUAGCAUCCUCAGAUGCAUUAAGCGUGUAUCAGGGAGACAGGAAGAGGAAACCGACGAGUUCGAUACCGUCGCCUGCAUCGAGUGGGCAUGGACGCACUACGCCGGAUUCCACACGGAUCCCACGCAUCCCGCCGGUCCUCGACAUGGUGCUCUCUUCGGCGCCCAUUGUGCAGCCCAUGCGCGCGGGGAUUCCGUUGCCGUACAUGCAGACCUCCCCAAGGCCGUUCCAGUCGAUUGGAAAGCCGUUUGAUCCGUUCCGGACCAUGUUUCAAUCCCAUCAUCCGUUUGUCUCUGUCGAGGAGUUGAAGUGGCACUGCUCACGCUUCUUCGGCACCCGCGCCAUGGGCCUCUACUGGAUCCCCACACUCGUCAAAUCCCCCCACGCCUUCCUCAGCACGCUCUGCAUCGCCAGCACGCACUACGACGCCGUGCACAACGCGCAAAUCGAGAGUCUGCAGACCACGGCCUUACGACAGGAAGUCAUCCACCUGAUCCACCAAAAUAUCCUGAACCCGGAGACCAAGGUCGACGAUUACAACAUCAUCGCCCUGACGCAGCUCAUCGCCAGCGAGAUCAUAGCUAGGGAAGACGCGACCCUGGGCUUCCACGAAGCAGGCAUCGAAGCCAUGGUCCGGACGCGAGGCGGUCUCAACAAACUCGGUGUAAACGGCCGACUCGCACACACGCUCUCGUGGGUCUCGAUCGAAUCCGCCAUCCUGCGCGAGGCGAAACCUAAGACCAUGUACACCGAUUUCCUCACCUCGUAUCACUCCUCAUCGCAAACGAAAUCGUACCCGCCGACGGCCACGCUGCCCGAGUCGCCGCUGUACGUGCCGAGAGGCGAGUUUACGACGCUGGAGCGCAGCACGCGGUGUAGUGCGCGGACGUUGGAUCUGCUGAAGGAUAUACGUAUGAUGCUGGAUUUGUUUCUGCAUGAGACGAAGCGGAGUCGGCAGAAUGCGCAGAGUCUGAGGAAUAUUUAUAAGAGGAUCACGAUGCAGUAUCCGACUGCGGCGAUGCUGGCGAAGACGAAUGUGAUGACGGCUAGGGAGUGGACGUAUGAGAGUUUGAGGGUUGCGGCUGUGGUUCUGGCGACGGCGAUUGUGAGGAGGUGUCCUUUGAGCGAGGCGUUGGGGUUGGUGGCUGGGAGUGAAGGGACGAUGGCUGAGGAGGGCGAAGCUUCGAAGUCGGGGCCUUCGACUUCGCCGACGACGACGAUGAAGACGGCACUGAGACACGAUUCCCCCGUGACGACCUUUUCGACACUUCCUUCCUACACCAGCACCGCCGCUCCUCCUUCAUCUUUCGCCUCGCAGCCGCAACAAAAUACCUACACCCACCCAUCCAUCGCAUCAACCAUCUCAACAUCUUCCUCGCACACCUCGUCCUCCUCCCCAUCAACCAUCAACACUGCCACAUCAACAACAUCAACAUCAAUACCUCCUCCAUUCCCCUCAACGUCGAUACCAACUCCUUCCCACCCCUUCUUCCCCACCACCACCUCUCCAGCACCCCCACCACCCCCUUCGCAACCAACAACGCACCUCCUCGCCCUCCGCGCCGCCCUCGAAAACUCCAACCUCUCCGACUGCUGGGGCGACAUGGCCGGCGUCCUCCUGUGGAUCAGCCUCGUCAUGGGUGCCGCCACGGCCGCUCCGUGUAGGAGGGGCACGUCUCUUUCUACAAGUCUGUCUACAAGUACUUCUACCAACGCCGCCGCCACAGCCUCUUCCUCUGCCUCAUCAUCCUCCUCGCACUCACAUCCUACAUCCUCAACCACCACAGCCCUCUUAGCACAAACCCCAUCAAUAUCACCGCGCAUCCCAACCGCGAGAGAUACCAAAAUCCCCAAGGACCUGCGGAAAUGGUUCGCAGCGCUCGUCAUGCGCUGCUCGAUUACGCUGUGCUUCGAGCAUCCGGUGGGCGUGGCCGGGACGGUGGGCAGGAUGGGCGAGGUGGUGGAGAUGUUGGGCGAGGGAUGUGCGAGGGAUGUGGAAGACGGGAUUGCGAAGAGACGGAGGAGGGUGUGAGGGUGUGAGAAUGGAUGUUUAUUUAUUUAUUUACCCGUUUGUUUAUUUAUGCCACGUUGCGGCAUGUGGAGGUAUCGAGGGAUUGUGCUGGAGGAAGCUUGGAAGGACAUGUUUCAUUCCGCUCCCGUUACGGUCCUGGUUCGGGUCCUGAUUGGGGUCCGACGUUUUAUGUUUGGCGUCGCGAUACCUCGAAAUCUGUACUUUCUUGUUCCGUUUUGUCUUUACGAUGGGCCUUCUCUGUCUAAGCAUUUAGUGCUAUGGUUUUCUGGAUUGUUCUGCGGCUACCUAUACCUAGGUAUCAGUUUUGCACCCUAGCCUCGGGAAAGAAGAUAAGAUUUGGAUGGACCUGAAUCCAAUCGCACAUGUAAUGACAUGGGAAUAACCUUA